ACCUCCCGGACUCGUCCCGCCAUGAAGGCCGCCAACCCGAAUCCGAAGCACAUGCCAAUGCCUCCACCCGCGGCGGCAGCGGCGGCGCCGCGCAACCCGCAGGCCCCCUCCUCCAGGGCGUCGUCGUCGUCGUCGUCUGCUGCCGACCACAACCCCAACAAGCGCCCCCACCCCGGCAACGCCGCCGCCGCCGCCGCCGCCGCCACCAGUGGUGCCGCGCCCGCGCCCCCGGACCCUCCCCCGAGCCUCAACGGGGAGGCCGGCCGGUCCCCUCUGCUCCCCGCACCGCACCCGCAGGCGCACCCGCCUCCCCGGGGCGCGUCGCCGCUGCUGCUGCCGCCGCCGCCGCCCGUGCCCCUGCCCCCCGUCGCGGCCGCGGUGGAGGCCGUGAUGAACGCCAUCCCGCCGCCGCCGCCGUACGGGCUGGAGGACCUCGACCGCCGCACCGUCGCGCUCUCCGACGGCACCGUGCGCACCUACUUCGCGCUCCCGCACGAGCCGCCGCCGCAGCUCCGCCAGCCGCCGCCGCCGAUACCGGCGCACCUCUUGGCCCCACCGCCGCCGCCGCCACCGCUGGUCCCGCUGCGCCCGCCCCUCGAGCGGUGGGCUCCGCCGCCCAUGCCUGCGCUUCUGCCCACUGCUGGGCUGCUUCCCAUGCCGGUCCCGAAGCGGAAGUGGGAGGAUCAGGCCAAUGGGGGUGCGCCUGGGCAAUCCUCUGGACGCCAGCAGCAGCAGCAGAAGGCUGAGGCGCGUGCCGUGAAGCAGGUGAAGGUGGAAGAGACGGGGGUGGACCCCAAGGCGCUGAAGAGCUCCUUUCUUAAGAUGGUGAAGCUGAUGAAUGAGAAUGAAGCAGAUAAGAAGAAUUACCGGGCCAAUGGGAAGCUUUCCCAGCUGAAGUGCCCUGUCUGUCAAAGGUAUGCUGAAAAUCUGAAAGAUUUUGCCUUGUUGAUUUAAUCCUAUGUUUGGAUGUGGUUAGCUGAGUGCAAAAAGUUCAAACUCAAUUUAGAUACCAACCAACAUUGGAAGUGAAAGUGAUACAUGAUAAAUGAGUCGUCAACAUAAUGUUGUUGGUAGUAUUUCAUUAUACUAGCACAUAAGUGGAUUCCAUGUAGCACCUUUUCUCCCCCUAAAAAGAAGGGGGCAAAAUAUAACAAAUGAUUUUGGAUUAGUGUUAGAUAAUCUUAACAAUUGAAAAAAAAAACUGUUGUUAUGUUUGACCUUUUGGAUUUACCAUGGAAUGGCACUUCCACAGAUUGUUUAUGUAAUUCUUCAACGAUUGGUAUUUUGUCUGCACUCAUCUUUCUCCUUGGUUAGCUUCUCUAUUUGUCCAUUUUUUUUAUAUACAUGUACCAGUUUCUUAAUCAAUAAAGUUAUACCGUUUGACGUUUUUCGUGUACUAUUAGUAAAAUAAUGGAAGAUACCAAGGUUGAGAGUCAACUAAAAGUGAAUUUAAACAAGGAAUCUAUAAAUGGAAGAUAUCUAGGUAGAGAGUCAAUUAAAAAUGAAUUGAAAUAAGGAAUCCUUGGUUAGUCUUUGUUUGCAGUUCCUGAUAGU